AUGUACGCCCUCGACAUUUCACACACACAACACACCUUCGCCUUCCAAAACAACGCUAAAACCCCCUCCUUCUCCUCCUCUCUCCUCGACACCAUCUACCGCUCCAUCAACGAAGGAGAGAGCACCGCCAACGACAUGAAACUCCACACCCAGACAAUCAUCAAGAAACAGAGCAGAAUCCUCGUCCAACAAGAUUUAACGGCGCCCACCAUUCCCCGUUCUUGUUUAGUGCAAAAAGGGAAGGGAAGCGAGAAACCUGUGAAAGCACAGAUGAAGAGAAAACCAAAAUCGCGUUUGCAUGGUCACGAUCACGACCGGGAGGUGAUGUUCUUCAGUUCGACUUCGAGUUGCUCGGAUUCCAGCUCUGGAUUACUGUCUUCCUCCGACACUGAAUCCCUGUACGGAUCGAGGUCGCGAGUUUCGUGUUUUGCUCCUUCGAGACCCAAGCCAUUGAUGACGUCGGCGAGCAAUGGAGAGCGUCUUAUAAAGCCAAAAUCAAGGGCGUUGAAGAUGUACAACAAUCUGAAGAAAGUGAAGCAACCCAUCUCUCCGGGGGGGAAGCUGAGUACUUUUCUCAGCUCUCUGUUGGGGAACGGGAAGAAAGCCAAACAUUCAAACAUUCAGAGUAGCUGCGUGAUUUAUAAAGUGAGUAGGGUUCUAAAAGGAGAGAGAGGUGGGGAUGUGUAAAUUCUCGAUCACGAUCAAACAUUCACACAGAUACUGACAGAGCAGUUGGAUGAAGGAGGAAGAAAAUGAUAAAGAAAAGAAAGAAAAAGAGGAAGAGGAAAA